UGCGUAUCGUCGUACAGCGCAUGCGCAAAGCAUCAAGAUGGCGGCGCCCAUGAAACUCUUUUGCGUCGACCAGUUUCCAGCCGAUUUGCACCCCUUGCAAGUACUUGUCCGUAAGUCACAGUUCACUCAGAUGUUCUCUAACUGCACUGAAACUUCAUGCGCGUUGUUAUUAUCCUGGCAGGAAGCUGAGCCUUUCACAACGUCGGAGGUUUUAGUUUGCGCCCAAAUAAUAGCUGAAGAGCUGCCUGACUGCACGCUCCAUAAUAACACCAGCACUCUGGCCGUUUAUGUGUCUAAAACAUUUCUAAGUCACUACAGUUUUCAGGAAGAAAGGCCAGGAAUCGCGCGUAUCGUCCAGCUUUUGCCCUUGGAUAAGAUAGUAAUUGGUGCUCGCACGAAGCAGAGUUUCAAAUGGGCAUCUUCUGAAGAAUUCUCCAGUUUCCUGCUAGUUUUGGCAUCAUGUCCUGGACAAACUCUGUUGGUGAGAAGAGGGGACUCUCUGAUUUUGCCACACCAUCCUCUGCUUGGUGAUGAUGCCACUCUGGUGCGUCAGUAUCUCUCUGACUUGGUCGUGCUGGAUUGCACACCUCUUACCCAGGGCAUGAUCACUGUAAACACUACUGUUGUGGUGUCUGAUUGCAGAGACCUUCUACAUGUCCAUGGUGUUUUAGACUCUGCUGACAGCGGCGUAACCCACAAACCGUCCAGUGUGUCCUUGUUCGUCUCUGAUUUCGCCCACUAUGCAAACAAUCUUGGCCCCGGCAGCUCCUUACUGAGCAACCGACUUUUGCUCAGCUCUGGAUUCACAGAGAUUCUUCAAGCCCUUGAGUGCAGGCUGGAUGUGCUGGUUAUCUGCGAGUGUGCCAGGCUUUGUAGGUUUGGAGGGAAAAUAGGGAAGAACGCAGAGGUGGACAUGGACAGCUCCAUUUUUGUGAGCAAAAACCUGUUGUUGAAGUUAGGGUUGUUUAACGGUGAAUGGGUCAUGGCUGCAUUGGGAAAAGUAAAAAAAUGUCUGGGAGCUGAAGGGGUACAAAGUCCUCCAGAGAAUGAAAGUGGCACAAAGGCUGUGGCGAAGGCCAAAGGAGAUACCCAGCUGGCUAAAAUUGUGGCUUUCGUUAAGUCUUCAGAUAUGGAUGUUGGCGAUAAUGCAGGUUUAAUCUCACCUGUUCUGUGGUUUAACUUGUCCAAUGGAGAAGCAACACCUGUUGGAUGUAAAAGUCUCAAAAUAAAGAGAUGGAACAAGGCAACGUUACAGCCAGGACACAAACAGUCUGCAAGUGUAUGUUGUUCUGCUGCACCUCCAUAUGCCAAAGAACUACACAUUGAAGCAAUUAUGGCUCCAGAUUCUGAUGCCCAUGGGCCCUUUGACAAUGUUCUCUUUAAGCACUUUAGCACACCCCGACUUGUCCAGCAGGGAAGCAUACUGGGCAUUCCAACCCAAGGUUAUCCUGAGUUUGUGGAAAGCAGCUCUGAUGGAAUCACAAGAUGGCCAGUCUUAUAUUUUAAAGUGAAGCAGGUGUCAGGUUUUUCUGAGGAUGAGGAAGAUGUCGGAUCAUAUCUUGCUGACACAGACCACACCUCUCUGUAUAUGAGAGGUUCCACCAAUAGUCUGGCACCAUACUCCAUCUCAGAGGCAGGUUCAUCGUUCUGGACGAGUCUCUUGCCUCCAGGACUCUCUGACGUUGUCGAGAAAUUGGUCUCCAUCAUCCAGCCACACAUCACUGAAAGGUGUGCAGGUUUGAGGCGAGCCUGCUCUGUUCUCCUCAUGGGUCCAGAUGGAUGUGGGAAGGUCACAGCGAUCAAGUCGGUUUGUCGGAGGCUUCAUCUCCACCUACAAAAGGUGGACUGCGUGACCAUGUGUGGAGACACUGCAGCUGCCUGUGAGUCCAAGAUGAAGGCUACGUUCCACAGAGCUGAGCUCCAUCACCCCUGUGUGCUUCUCCUGAGGAACCUGCAGUUACUCGGCCAGCGGCGUGACAGCACUGAAACGGACUCCAGAGUAGCCUCUGCACUCUGCCAGCUCAUAGCAGAUGCACAUUCAAGUGUAAUCGUGGUUGGGUGUGUGCGUGGCCAAUGGGAUUUAUCCUCAGACGUGAUGCCAGCCUUUGUGCACCAGGUGGUGAUAGAGAGUCCCACAGAGGAGCAGAGGAAAGCUAUGCUAUCCAGCCUCAGUCAAGACCUCCCUCUAGGGAAAGAUGUGAAUCUGGCCAAGAUCGCUAAACAGACAGCGGGUUUCAUUUUGGGAGAUUUCUGCGCACUACUCACUGGUGCUGGAAAAGCAGCUCAUCGGCGCCUGCUGAAAACUUACUAUCCGCAUGGGGCCAGUGCUCAGGAAGAGGAGGACCUGUGUGUGUUUGGCGUGACCGUUAUGGGUGCUGACUUCACCACAGCGUUGGAGGCUCUGCAGGAGGUCCACUCACAGGCAAUCGGCGCACCAAAGAUCCCAUUAGUGAAGUGGCAGGACGUGGGCGGUCUGCAGCAGGUCAAGAAAGAGAUCCUGGACACCAUCCAGCUCCCUCUGGAACAUCCAGAGCUGCUCUCACUGGGCCUGAGGCGCUCUGGCCUGCUGCUCUAUGGGCCUCCAGGCACUGGCAAGACACUGCUGGCCAAAGCUGUGGCCACGGAGUGCUCUAUGACCUUCCUCAGUGUCAAAGGUCCAGAGCUCAUUAACAUGUAUGUUGGCCAGAGUGAGGAAAACAUCAGAGAGGUGUUUUCCAAAGCUAGGACUGCAGCUCCUUGUAUUAUCUUCUUCGAUGAGUUGGACUCUUUGGCUCCUACCCGAGGCCGCAGCGGAGACUCAGGAGGGGUGAUGGACAGGGUCGUGUCGCAGCUCUUAGCUGAACUUGAUGGCCUGCAUUCAUCAAGUGACGUCUUUGUGAUUGGAGCAACCAACCGGCCAGACUUACUCGACCAGUCGUUGCUCAGGCCCGGCAGAUUUGAUAAAUUAGUGUACGUUGGCAUUAAUGAAGACAAGGAAUCACAGCUGCAAGUGCUCAAGGCUAUACUGCGAAAGUUUAAGGUGGAUCCCAGUGUGAGCCUGUCAGAAAUAGUGGAACACUGUCCACUUCAGCUCACAGGAGCCGAUCUCUACGCACUCUGCUGUGACGCCAUGAUGUCUGCUAUUAAGAGGAAGAUUUUGCACAUCACUGAAGGUCUGGAGUCAGAGGACGCUACACUCACGCUGUAUGCCGAAGACUUCAGCCGAGCUCUGGACAUCCUGCAGCCGUCUGUGUCUCAGGAGGAGCUCCAUAAGUAUAAACUUAUCCAGCAGAAACUCACUGCAAAGUAACACCACCACCACCACUGCACACUGGAGUGGAAAAACUCCUGAUAUCACAUCGCUCUUCCUGCUCCAAGCCACCUCCUACUCUGUGCUGUUCCAGAUUCCCUACUGCCUGCUGCUUCUGUGCAGAUCUAGUCCACAGUGUUCUGUAACUGGAUCUCUCUCUCUCUUUUUUUUUUUAAACUUUCAUCUAAUUUGAAAAGUGACAUUUCUUCUUUUCUAAAUUGAUUAACGAUACCUUCCACGGCUUAAUUUUCCACUUAAGGAUCCGUUCUGGGAAUUGAUUCCACACAACCAUUAUAGGCUGCUAAAGCAGAGGGAGAGUGAACGCAAUAUUUGAGAAAUAAGUCAUUUUCCACUAUAAAUCGUUCCUAAAACCAUAGGCUUUCCUGAACUUUAAUAUGUUUCUCUUUUUGCAUCUCAACCAAAAGUAAAGCUUAUAAGAUUUUUAAAAUCCAAUUACCCCCAAAACUGAAAAGAGAAAACGGCAUUUAAAGAGUUCAUUCUGACCUGAAGUCUAUUUCACUAUGACGAACCAACAAGUGUAAAAUUCACUGUGCGGGAAAAUCACACUUAUCUAGCAACAUAUUUAGUCAGACUGACUGUUUAUACCACCGAGUGUGUUCAUCUGGCUCCUUAUUCGACAUGAUAUUUGCAGGAAGAUAGCCUACGCGAGAUUGGAAAGUUAAUAAAAUGUUUCUCAUUUCAGGGAACUAUAUUUAUGGUUUUCCUGCCAAUGAUGUAUAUUUUGACACCUCAACUUAACGAAACCAUAACUAAUUCCCUGAAUGUUUUUCUAAAUCUUUAACAGUCGCAUAACUGCAUUAAAGAAUGUCACAUCACCAAUUUUGACAUAAGCCUUACAUAAAUCUUCCUCCAGCAUUCAUUUAUACAAAAGAAAAAAAAAAGAUUUAUGCAUCACUUAUGAACGUAUUACGAAGGCCCAAUGAACAGUAAGGUACCAUGGGUUACCAAGUUUUCUGACAUGCUAACGCUUCUUUCUAUGGUAAAUUACCACAGAGAUAAAUCUCAACGCCAUUUAGCUUUAAAAUGCAUCCUGGUAAAUUAACCUCCCAAAGUAUCGAAUAAUUAAUCAUUAUCAUGUGUAUUAUGUUUAAUGUGAUGCUCACCCUGUAAUUUCAAAUGCUUUUAGGAAAAAUCGACGCAGUCAGCUCAGUCUUUUACGUCAUGUACCUUGCAGGUUAAUUAGACGCUCACAGUUGAUGGUGCGCAAACAUAAUCACUUCUGAGAAAUAACAGUCCAUUAACAUGCCUCAUCAUUGCAUCAGUACUCAAAUACUGUCACAAGCAAACAGUCUGACUCAGGCAUGCUUUUUCACUUUACAGGCAGGCUUAAAUAGAUUUAUGGUUACACUUUAUAUUAAGUGGUAAUGUAAUUUAUUCAGUAAUUAAUUUAAUUUGCUGUGCAAAUGAUUGAGUCAGUAUAUGCUGAGCAAUAGUCUAGGAU